AAUGAGACGUUGCUACGCCGUGUUUUACUCGACAAUGAUGGUGGUGGUUAAUUUUGGCAAACCGUUGGUGUAACGUUAGUAUUCUCCCAACAUCAGCUAACGUUAACUGGAUUACCUCAGUAUUGUUCUCUUGUCAGACUCCAGUAACGUUACGCUCGGUGCCUUUAGUUACAUACCAUUAUUAUCCUACAUGUCUAAACUGGUUUGCCCACCUAUUGCGCUUGCUGCUGUAUAAGCCCGUGUCUGGCUACAACAUUUCCCAACCAGUGCUGUGUUGUUACGCUGCAGGCCUGCCGACCGGAUCAAGGCAAAUUUCCCACUAUGCCAACGUAGCGUUGCUAGCAUUGCGACCCCAGCUAACCAAAGCUAACGUUAAGGCUUAGCUGCUCGACAUUCACCGUUGUCUUUUCUACACGUCUUACUUUCUCUGUUCGUAAACAUAUUGUAAUAAUUCUGACCAUAGUGUCGUUUACCAUUUCAAUAAGAACAAAGCUCCAGGUAAUCUUCAAGUAGCCAUUGUAUUUGGAGAGACGGAGGUGUAACGUUAGCGUUGAAUAAAAGGACAGCAAAGUUCCGUUAUGAUUGUCCUGCUAGCUGCUGGACUUGGUUUCGUGUGGACUGCUCAUAUUGCCUGCUAGAUAGGUGAUGACCUGAAUGGUGCCAUGUGAAUGACUGAAGACCAUGAAGCCCACACACAAGCUGCUGUUCGUCCUGUGUCCCAUGCUGGUCCUGGGCUUUAUUUACUACUCCUCCGGGAAGCUACAUCUACACGUAUGGGGCCAGAAGCCUCAGAGUGAUGCAGAAGCGACACCUGUAGUCCUGACUAAAGGUGCUGAAGUGAAAAGGAUAACAGAGUCGGAAACAGACAUCACCGCGGGACGAAUAGUAGGCUCAGUGUAUGAUAAGCAGGGCUUUUUGCUUCAGCUGGACACAAAAUUGCCACCGGAGUUGGCAUACAAGUAUGGCAACCUCAGCGAAGGAGUGUGCAAGCUGGGAUACGCAGCAGCCAAGAUGACCGCCAUCUAUCCUAAGUUUGUGAAACCAGCACCCAUGUUUCUUGAUCGGAACUUCAAGCGUCUUGCAAAAGUCAGCAAUUACUUACCUCCAUUUGGUUUCAAAACACAAGAGAGAGUCAUCGACAGCAUUUUAACUGCCACAAAAAACUAUGGACUUGGAGAUGAUCUGGACAGUCUCAGCUGUAAGAGAUGCAUCAUUGUGGGCAACGGGGGUAUCCUGUACAACAAGUCUCUGGGCUCCCGUAUCGAUGACUAUGAUGUCGUCGUAAGGCUGAAUGAAGCUCCAGUAGCUGGUUACAGCAGGGAUGUAGGGACCAAAACUACCUUGCGGAUUACUUAUCCCGAGGGAGCUAUUCAGAAGCCUGAAAACUAUGAAAAAGACUCGCUUUUUGUUUUUUCCGCUUUCAAACCACUGGAUUUCAAGUGGCUAAGACAGAUGGUCUUCAAGGAGAAACUGAGGGGUACAGAGGGUUUUUGGAAGUCGGUGGCCCACUACGUGCCUCGUGAGCCAACCGAGAUGAGAAUCCUCAACCCCUACUUCAUCCAGGAGGCCGCCUUCCAGUUCAUAGGCCUGCCCUUCAACAAUGGCGUGAUGGGCAAAGGGAACAUUCCAACAUUAGGGACAGUUGCCAUAACGAUGGCACUACAUAACUGUGAUGAGGUGGCGGUGGCUGGUUUUGGCUACGACAUGAACACGCCCCACGCACCCCUGCACUAUUACGAGACUGUCAAAAUGUCAGCCAUUAAAGAGUCAUGGACACACAACAUAGCUAAGGAGAAGGAGUUCCUCCGCAAGCUAGUGAAGGCCAAUGUCAUCACAGACCUGACCAACGGUAUCUGAGUUUACACCCACCCAGUCUCCUUCUGCCUUUCCCAAAGGACUCCAAAACAGGAAGCUGGGAAAUGGAUCAACUUUGGGAGAAAGAACCCUUAAAGUCUGGGUGGCCUGCACACUGCCGGGGUUUUUAUAUCAAAGGAGAUUAUUUUAAAAAUGAAAAAGAUACAGGAGGGUUUUUGUGGAGUGAUGCACACACAUGUGCCUUCUGAACCAAAGACUCCUGCUGAUAGAAGCAGGGGGCGACGUGGGGAGGACUGGAUCUGCCCGGUUCCUGUCUUAUCAAAAGGACAGUCACUGGAAAGCUCCGGCGCCGGCCCCACACUUCAGCGUUUGACGUUUGCCACUUCAAACCCCCGAGUAUCACAUGAUUGAAUCGCAUGAGCAGAGGUGACAUGGUGACAGAUGUCAGGAUUUCUAUUGACUUACGGGACUGAAGAGAAACGGAAUUUUUUUUUUUAAAAAAAGGACUGAAACAGAGAGCACGCAGGGAUUGGGUCGAGCAUUAGCAGUGCCAAACGUACCUCGAACAAGGGAGAGGUGGUCCUCCUCUCCUUUUGUUGCCUGAAUGUAUUCACCUUCCUCAGUGUAAAUAUCAAAGAUUUUUACUGUGCUACAAGCUACAGCAGCGCCCUCCCCUCUCCCCCCACCUGCCAUUUGUCCAUUCAUUCACUUUUUUUUACUGUCUGUCCAGAGUCCAAAGUUAACACUUGCCAAGCCAGAUGACAGGAGGUAAAUCAGUGAGGGUCACCUGUCACACUGGCUGGUUUACACUAUCGUUCAAGUGUUUUAGGAAUAUACAGACAUCAGUGUUUGAGGAUUUGUUCAUAUUUGCUGCCGUGUUGACCUCUGUAAACUCACUGGAAUCAAAUCAAAGCAGUAACUCCGUAAACCUGGCUGUUGCUGCCUGUUAAGCUGACUCUGCACAGAACGGUUACGUCUGUUUCCUGAUGUCUUGAUGGCAGCUCGCAUCAGUUGAGAGGCCAAGUUUUAAAUUAAAACUAAAUCCGCUUGUUUUAGUAAUCAUUUUAGCUUUAUCAGAUUCUUUACACGCAGUGGCGCUGAGAACAGGUAUGAGGAAAAAGGUAUAUGAAUUAUUUUGGUCUAAAUUAUUUUUAUUGUGGGACUUUAAUUUUAUAUAGUUUACCAGCUCUGACAGGUGAAGCCCUGAAGUUGAGCAAUGCAGCAUCUCUCUCUCUUCCACUUCUACGUCUCUAUGUAAAUCCUUCUUCCUCUCAGUUCAUUCAUGUCACGGUACAGUCUUCACCGCUUCAUCAGCUGUUGAGACAUACAGUAACGUGUCCUGUCCUGGUCAAAGAUAUCACAGACUGUCCGUAUGCCGGAUCCCUCUUCCAUCUUCCUUAUUGCUGCAGGUUUCCUUGUUCUUCAGUAAUUGGUGAAAUCUUGGAUUGUAGAAUAUAAAUAUAUAUAUUUUUGUUUUAGGUUGAUUUUAAAUUAUUUAUUUCGUUACAAGGUCCCAGCGUUUUGGUCACAGGCAGGCCUGCUUUCUGUUGUUUUGUUCAGAGGAAACACAAAAGUUUGUGUUUCUUUUGAAUUCACCACCAUGUGCUUCCUCAGAGACUGCAUCAUCUUUUUAAGUUUGUGGCAAGAGCAAUGUUUAAAUCCAUACAUGAGUCUGUCUUUAAUUGGCUUAAUGUUGAAUGUUGUUAAGUCAGCAGCCUUUUAUUUCUUUGCUUUGUGCUCUUUUGUGACAAUGGACAUACAAUAGCAAAUUUUUUUUUUUUUAAUUUCUUGGCAAAAUUUAGAGAAUCUGCAAGUUGUGAGUGAAUCGCCACGUUCAAUUUAAAUCAACGUUACAUGUGUUGAUCACGCCUUUGCACUUUGACGGCAUGGUCACAUUUGCCACGUGGGUGUCAGUAUUUUGACACUGCAUAAGCGCAGCAGUUGUUCAGUAUUACACAAUCAAACCUUUUACUUCUCCUUUGGCUCCCCCCCUCCUCAAAAAAAAAAACAAUGUGAGAAUGUCACAUUGUCACAUUUAUGUUUGCCUGUCAAUUGAACAUAUGAAUGCGAUAAUCAGCUUUAUGUAGUGACGGUGCAUUUUAAAUACUGCUUCACAAAAGCAGUUUUCUUGUUUUACCGUUUUUUUUUUAAUUACUUCAUCACAUGACAGUUUAAUGGGAUUUUCAACUAUUUUCUGUAUCUAUUUUUUCUCUGGAAGUGCGUACUUACUGUACACACACACACACACACACACACACACAUACAGGCUCACUUCCAUUCCUCUCAAUCAGUAAGCUGCUGUUAUGUCUGUUAUGUUGCUACAUUUUUUUCAUUUCACAAACACUGCUGGGAUCAUUCAGUCAGUCCUGUCAGAACGGGCUGCUGGGUUUGAAUGAAUGCAUCACUUUUUGCGUAAAUAGGCCCUGCUUGGGACCUUCAGAGCAAAGGUACAGGGAACAGCUGACCAUUGCACUAUCAUGAGGCGCUCUCAGCGCCUUACACCUCAUCAUAUGGAAACUGUAGCGGGGAGUUUGACACAGGAAAGUAACCGCAGCCGAUCAGCUGCAGGUCAGGACAGGUCACUCAUUCCUGUGAUUUGGGACCAGUCCAAUUCAUAUCUGUGGUGUGUAAACAGCACAUUAUAUACAGUAUAGUACGACUUGAAGCCCCCAUAAUGGUGGUUUUGUAUGUUUUAGCCACAAAUCCACAUAUAUGUUGGCUGCUAUACAGCAAUUGUUUUGUCUUGUCUGCGGUUGCGUAUGUUUGUGUAAAGGAUUUGAUUUUCAGACAACAUGGCUCAUCAGUGCUAUGUUUUCCGGCAGCUGACUGUUUAUGCUCAAUUGUCAGAGUCCUUGAAUGCACCAGCAAGGACAGCCACACUAUCAUAUCAUGAUAAUAUGUGACUUACCAAAAAGAAGGCGACUGUCAUAGAUAACAUAUCAUUAACAACUUUGAUUUUUCUGAAGGUAGACUUUCAGUACUAAAAUGUUUGGAAACCACUCACAUCUUGUCGUAUGUCUUGGAAAAUGGUCAUUCAUAAUGUAAAAUAUGUACAAUUUGUACUCGGCAGGAUAAAACGUGCCAAACCACCAGUAUGGUCUUUAAAGGUUUGAGACUAAGCAGAUCCUUUGUUGGAUUAAGCCCUAUUCUUUUUUUUUUUUUUUUUUUUUCCACGGUUUUGAAUUUUUAUGAAUGCUGGAGGUGUUCAGAUGGAUUGGGCCCAAAUCCUUUCCUCUAAUAACCUGUUCAUAAUAAAGCAGAAUGUAUUCGCUUCGAGCAUUUCAUCAUAUUUAUAAACCUUUUUUGUUUCUUUUAACAUUUGACCAUCAUCAGUGGGAAGUCAAAAGUUAUGUGAUCAAAAUAAAGUGUUUUUUUAUAUACAGUUAUAAAUGGCAUUCUGCAACUCAAUAAAUACAUUUGUAAAGGAUA